CGAGUCUCAAGUGAAUUCCUCGUCGCAGCCAGUGACGGAAUCCGAGCCGGUUCUCUCCAGCAGUCGUGGAGUUGCUCUGGUAGCAUCGAGUCGAAGAGAAUCGCGCUCCGCUGCUGAUCAACCAAAACAGAAGAAUCUGUGUGCCCCAAAAGUGUUGAGAGUCUAGCCUUUGGCGCCCAAAAAAAAUUUUUUUUGCACUUACGUGCUUUAGUUCAUUUUUUUUCUUCUCGGGUAAUUAUGAGGCAAUAGAGUGUCUGAAAUUUAACGUCUUUGCCACACUUACACAGUUCGAUGGAAGUAUUGGCGAUUUCGGGCCAAAAAUUGCAUGGAGGGUACCAAAGCAAAAAUUUUCAUAUGAAAUGAAUUUUGAGAGGGAAAAAAAGGAGGCAUAAAUAUUGGAAAAAAUAAAAGUGUAUGUGCCAAUUUUUCUGCCACAUGAGCUCAAAGUGAAAGAGAGUCGAAUCACAAAAUUUGUAACAUAAUUUUUUGGAGUUGAAAAAAAAAAGAUAAUGGAGAAAAAAUUAUGUGAUCAGUGAAUUUUUUGGUUUUCGUCUUAUUUUCACUGGCGGAGUGUUUGCAAGUCAUAACUAUAGGAAAGUUUAAAACAAAAAAACGAGUAAAUUUAAGAGAGAAAGACAAUAUACAGAAGGAGAGUUUGCAAUAUUUCCACACUUUAAUCAAUUAGCAACCUUCAGUGCUGAUGAAAGUAAUAUCUUUUUAAAAAGUGCACAAUUAUUAGUAAAUUGAACGUGAACGAGAAACUGUGCCUGUGUACCAAAGAAUUUAAUUUUUAGUGUUUUGAGACGCCGAAGGAGAACAACAAUGAAACAAGCGAAAAGUCUCAGGGAGAGUGAAUAAGUCAGAAUUAAUUGCAAUUGAGGUGCUCUGAGGAGUUGGGUCAGCCGUUACGGUUCAAAUAGUUCUCAUUUUGGAGAACGAAAAUCCCUGAACCCAACCCAUAAGUCAUCUUCAUCCCACCGUUCUCUCUAUAUAAGUGUACAAGAGAUCAAUCUACCUCAAUACCUUCGAGACACCAAAACAACACCCCCAUCAAAUGGACCCCAUCGGGUGACAAAGGCAGCAGCAAUCAAAACGAUUCCCUCAAUUGAGACGGAUGGCAAUGGAUUUGUGGUCAGAAACCCAGUAUUUGCCUUCCAAUCCGCACUCAACAUUCGACUUCAAUUGAUAAACCUCGAGGAGAUUACAUAAAUAUUUGCUGGGGAAGUCAAUUGGAGGAGAAGAGAGAUGAGUGAAAUGGUGAAAUUAAUAGGCCUCCUUGGUCUAUUAUCGCUGAUCACGUUCUGCUUCGGGAAGACUGAAUCGCAGCUGAGACUCGGCAAAGCCAUCAACAUCUUCAUCCGUUACGGAUAUUUGAGCAUCUCAAUGAAAGUGAUUUCAUACAAUGACACCGAGACGUGGCUAUUCAAGGAGCCCACCAAAAACAUAUUCACGGGCAUCGAGAGCCUCGAGGAGUCAUCCAUUGAGGAGAAGCCGGGUGUCUUCAACGGGGACUUCCACAUGGAAUUCUGCGACAACAAGAGACAACUCUUUCAGGCCUACUUCCGCGACUUCACCAUUGAACGUCUCGAUCGUCCCUGGCGUGCCUUCACGGGUGGCUGGCAUCCAGACAUUGCUGCACGAAAGCUGGGCAUCAACUCCUCCUUCAUCCACGGAGACUACUGCUACGUCCUCGUGCGAGUAUCGCGGUUUCGCGAGAGUGCCCGCCUCAGGAAGCCCAUUCCGCAGAAUCAGGUGCUGGACCCUGACAUCUCAGCCAGGAUCCCGGGCAUCACGCCAGGCGACACAACGGCAGCCGUGCAAUUUAUGAAUAAAUUCGGCACACACUAUAUCAAUAGUUACGUGACCGGAAACUCACUCUAUCAGGUUUUCGUGUUCAACAAGCGAAACUACCAGCACCUCAAGGAACGUCUGAAAUCGAAGGGCGUCGCAGCACUGUCGCAAUUGGACUUGUACAAUUACUUUGCGCCAUGGUAUGCUGAGCACCUGGGCAAGAUCAGGUGUGCCAGUGGGAAUAGUACAGUGGAGAAAUGGGCAGCCCGGAAGCUGAGGCUGUCCUACUACAUCUUCACUUAUGCCAGUCUGUUGAAGCUGCACGGGAAUGGGUCCCUGCUGCGCAGCAUCGAUGAACUUUUGGGCAAUGAGGCCAUCCUGCAGCUGGACCUCAAGUCCAUUAACGUGAUCUUCAAGGAGCCCACCAAAAGGGCCUGGUUUCAGGAAAUCAUAGACAAUUAUUUGAAAUUGUGGGAAGUGAAUAUGUGAAAGUGAUCUUAGAAUUUAUUCGAUGAAAGUGUGUUAUAGUUUAUUUUGUAUUAUCUCCUUCUGUGUAUCAUUUUAAUUACCAAAUGAUUCCUCCACUGCAAUCUACUGUGCUAGAUUUAGGCAAUGUUAUAACACUUGAAGACUGGGUGCUUAUUUAAAUGACAUCGAAUGAAUGAUUUCUAGCGAAUAUUUUCACUUUUUGGCUCAAAAAUCAGAGAAAUAUGGGGAGGAUUUUUUUGUUGAUGAUUUCAUAUCGAAUUACUAUAUAUUUAAUAAUGCCUUUCACGCUGUGAUAGUUUUUAAAUAAUACUUCUGUCGAGGAUAAUUAAUUUGUAACUAUAUAUUGUCUCAGUUUUAAAUCACUGACAAAGUGGAGUAACAGUGUACUUUUAAGGAUGAAAAUGAGAAAAUAAUAAAAUUAUGAUGAAGAAAA